AGUUAAACUGUGGGCGCUAUGGAUGCGUCUGUUUUGCGUAUUUUUAUUUUCUAUAUUUUCCUUUUUCGAUCUUUAUUACUAUAAUUUUCGCACUGUAUUAUUCUGAUAUUUUGUAUGUGUAGCUUAUUUAUAAGAAGCUGCCAUUAUAAUAUCCAUUGUUUCAACUGCGGGUGUUUAAGUCAACGCCGGCUUUGUUGUUGUGAAUGUUUCUUUCUUAUUGAUUUUCCUUGUUCAACAUGAGUAACCUGGACAAUGUUCCAGAAGACCGUGGGCCAGCAAAACGAAAGGUGAAACCAGUUGAACCACAGUCGCUGCUGGAUUUCGAUAUUGGAGAAGGGGAGAGCUCAGAUGAUUCAGAUUUUCGAAUCGAGGAUCACCCGGAGGAAAGUGAUGAUUACUCCAUUAACACUGACGAUGAAAAAAAAGAUGGUGCCAACAGUGGAUCAUCUGAAGAUGAGUCUGAUUCUGAUCUUGAACAUUUCAAAACAAACAGCAAUAAACUUGGAGAAGAGGUAUCAGUCACUGACUUACUGGAGUCAGCAAAGAAGAAAGAGUUCAAGUUUCCAACAGAUUUUGGCAAUAUGCUGAUAUGUGCUGGCUGUCUUGGUUCCCGCAGUGAUGAUUUCAAUGAGAUAGUUGUAUGCGAUGGCUGCGGCGUCACAGUGCAUGAAGGUUGCUAUGGUGUGUCGGAUGUGGCCAGUGAGUCAAGUACAGUCAGUUCAGCCUCCACAGAGCCCUGGUUCUGUGAGGCGUGCAAAGCUGGGGUCACCGACCCUACUUGUGAACUUUGUCCAAAUAAAGGUGGCAUUUUCAAAGAAACAGAAGUUGGAGCAUGGGUGCAUUUAGUUUGUGCAUUAUAUGUACCAGGAGUUGCAUUUUCUGAGGUGGAGCACCUAUCGGGCGUGACGUUGUUCGAGAUGGCGUACUCGCGGUGGGGCGCGCGCGCCUGCGCGCUGUGCGAGGACGUCACGCUCGCGCGCAGCGGCGUCUGUGUUGGCUGCGACGCUGGCAUGUGCAAAACUUACUUUCAUGUCACUUGCGGACAACGCGAAGGUUUGCUAGCUGAAGCACAUUCUGAGGAGGCCGAGCAAGCAGACCCGUUUUACGCUCAUUGCCGGCUACAUUCAGAUAAGGCGCUAGUCAAGAAACGUAAGAGAAACUGGCUGGCUAUGCAGCUUAGAACUGAAAAAAGGAGGCAAGAGCUACAAAGUAAUGUAACCACAGAUGAAAAGCUUCGUUUCCAGAGGAAGCUUGAAAAAUGCAGGCGGAAGUAUUUGCAGCAGAAGGAAAAUAGGAACCCGCCAUGGGUUCCCACACAAAAAAUGGCGCGGAUGCUCUAUAGCAGUGCAUCUGCGAUGAGGAAGUUCAAGCACAAGGCUGAAUGCAUGGGCAUUGACAUACACGCCUUAGAAUUCCAAGAUGCGCAGAUGGCAGCACUGCGCGACGUGUCUCGCCGUUGGCACGUCCCUCCAGCUUUCUCCGUGGAGUUCGUGGGGUAUUACUUGGAUAGAAAUGCUCGCGUGACAUCACUGAGAAAUUCUUUGAAGCGACUCACGGAUGAAAAUGAGAAGUUAUUGGCGGAAGACGACAAAUUAAGGAAUGAUUAUGAUAUGGCAUCAAAAGAAAAUACAGAAGCGUUAGCAGAGUUAGCAUCAACGCGGGAAGCCCUACAGAAGAUAUACAACGCGAUCGUGAUGGUGUGCCCUAAAAAAACGCCGCCGCCCGUCAUUGAGGACAAACCUUUACUACCGCCUGUCAUUCCACGAUCAACGCCAAAAGUCACACCGCAGCAGUUGCAGAAACGCAGGUCAAUGCCUGUGCCCACCGCUGCCGCACUUAAGAUGGGCGUUGGUUUUCCUCUUAGCGACAACCCGGACGCUCGCCAAGGAAAAGUAUUGUCUACUUCUCUGGAAGCCGGUGGGUUGGCAGCGCGCGAAUGCGCAGUGUGCGGGCGCAGCAGCGAGCAGCACCUCAUGGCGGCCUGCGACACGUGCGGCCAGCACUACCACCUGCACUGCUUGAGGCCGCCGCUGCAGAGGCCGCCGAAGAAGAGCAAGCUUUACGGAUGGCAAUGUUCUGAAUGUGAUAAGACUUCUGACUCGGAACCUGAAGUUUUGGAGAAGAAAGUACCUCGACGAUCUCGUAUACGGUACAGCAAAGACGGUGCCAUCAUAACUGAGCCCGCUAGCCCCGGGUCCACUCCCAACUCUCCACCGCCAAAACCCAAACCUGGAAAAUCACACAAAGACAAGUCCAUAAAAAUUGCAUCCGCAGAAAACAUGUCACCGAUUAAAGUCACAAUAAAGCCGUUCGAAUUCAGCAGCGAAAAUGAAAACGAGGUGAAGAAAAAGGAUAAGAAAAUGAAAAGGUCUAAACAACCCAAAGAGCAUGCCGCAGGAUCGGCUGGGGAAAGCGACAGUCCUUCUAAGAAACUCAAGAGGAGUUUCACUUCACCGACUUUGACGAAUACCCCUCUAAUGUCUAUAACCCCAAUUGUCGCCGAUAGUCCUAACGAUUCACACAACGAAAAUUCGAACGCAUCCAAUGUAGCUCCAACAAAACGCGAUGAAAGUUUUUCCACACAGAAUCUAUCGUUCUCAUCUCUUCUAAACGAUUCUAAAGAGAGAGACAGCAAGACGAUAGAGAGUUCCAUUGAGAGUACUCUGGCGAAUCUCUCUUCGGAUAUUGCAACGUACAAAGCUAAUAGGAAGAGGAGGAAAGAGAAACAUCGCUCGAGGUACUCGCCUGAUUUCAUGCGGUCGCCGUCGAAGUCACACAAGCAUAAACGAAAGAAGAAAACACAAGAUAUGGAGAACCCGGAAACCCCGCAUCCAAGGAUUACCAUUAAGAUAAAACCAAUUCCCAAACCGGACGGCUCUUUGGACACACAAAUGUUUUACGUUCCAACUGACAGUAAUGAUGGACCACCGCCAUCUGUAAUGAAGAAAUUGUCUAUGACUGGAGCGGAGGCGUCGCCGCCUGCGCAACCGGAAGCACUCGCAGCCGCAACAGAAGUGAAUACACCUCGUUCGCGAAAUGCGCGCCCUCGCGGCGGCGCGGAGGCGGCGGGCGCGUCCCCCGCCGCCGCGCUCACGCCCUUGACGCACUGCGACGUGUGCGCGGCCGCCGGCGACCCCUCCAACCUCGUCAGAUGUGACGAAUGCUACAAACGCUAUCACUUCACCUGUUUGGAACCGCCUCUUAACAAAAAUCCGAAAAAGCGUGGCUAUUCCUGGCACUGCGCGGACUGCGAUCCCACGGAUGUGGAAGAAAAUAAUUAGUGUUAAGUAUAAGUACAUUAGGUAUUUUUAAGUUGUCUAAAUAAAAUCUAUUUUAUUAAAUAAAAGUAAUUGACAACAUUUCAAAUUUCUAAAAUAUAUUUUUAUUUUUUACUUGUUUCAUUCUAAAAGGAUGUAACAACGCAAUGACGUCAUCUGUAUGAACUUAUCGAGUUUUACACCUUUGUCAACGAUUUCAGUCUGUAUAAAGUAAAACAACCAACCAAACCAACUUGACAUUAUUGACACUCAAGUGUUUUGUAUACAAAAAUAACCUAUGAAUUCUUAUUUUGUUUUCACUUUUCGUUAUGUUGUUUUAUGUCAGUAAAGAACAAUCAUUGUCGAUUUUUUUUAUAAAGUACUUUUGGCAUAUAAAUAGACUGUCAGCUCUGAUACUGGAUUUUCAGUUUGUCAAAAAUAAAUCGAUAAAAAUCAACGAAUAUUAUUUGGAUGCAGAAUGGUAAAAUGAAAAAAAAAAAACAGUUAUUUUUGUUUAGGGUCUUGAAAAUAUGAAAUGUUGUAAAUUGUGAUGAUCUUGUUUUUUCCGCAAUCUUUAUUCAUGUGUUAUAAUGAUUAAGAAUUAAUGUUUCCUUUAUUCAAGUAUGACUACGAUGUAUUCAUGUAUCUAUCUGUAGUAGGUACUUAGUACAAUAAAUACAAACAUGAAAAUAAA